AUGGCGCUUGUAUCGUUGCUAUCCAUCACCCCAUUUCUCACCGUAGCGUACACCCGGGAAAUCACUUUUCCGCCCGUCUCUGGAUAUGGAUCUCAGCAGGCGUUCCCUCAAGGACUAUUCGAGACCGAUGUCACUCAAGCCAAGUUUGCAGGGCUAACCACAUAUGCGAGCUUGCCAUAUGUACAUUGUCUCGCGCCUGAAGGAGACGAUGUUGAGCCGUUUGACAUUGCUAUCCUUGGUGCGCCAUUCGACACUGCUGUAACUGGUCGACCUGGAACGCGCUUCGGCCCGGGAGGCAUCCGAGCUGGAUCACGUCGGAUGGGUCCCUCGUGGAGCAUUUAUACGGGAGAAAAUGUGUUCUUCGACUGGGCCAAAAUAGUCGACUGCGGUGACGCUCCAUUGACUUUCUUGGAUAACACAGUGGCCCUGAAGCAGCUUGACAAAGCCCACGAGAUUAUCUCGUCCAGAGAUGCGAACUCAAGUGAGCAUGGUCGUACACCAAAGAUUAUCACUCUAGGGGGUGAUCACACCACCACACUACCUGCGCUACGCUCAGCCCAUAACCACUGGGGUCCAGUCAGUGUGAUACAUUUCGACAGCCAUAUCGACACUUGGGAUCCAAAGGUGUUGGGCGGAGGAAUAUCCCACUACGCUGGUGUCAAUCACGGAACGUUUCUGCAUAUUGCACACGAAGAAGGCUUGAUUCGAAAUACAUCCAUUCACGCUGGCAUCAGAGCACCAGUUUUACGACCAAAAGGUGAUGUUCGGAAUGACAUUCGAUGCGGGUUUGACAUGGUCAAGGCCAGGGACCUUGAUCGCAUUGGCGUGUCGGGGAUCAUCGAGACGUUGAAGGCGCGGGUAGGGGAUAGCAAGGUAUACAUCAGUGUUGAUAUUGAUGUGCUUGACCCGGCCUUUGCUCCUGCCACGGGAACUGCCGAGGUUGGCGGCUGGAGCACGCGAGAGUUACUCUCUAUCCUGGAUGGUCUUGCAGGACUAGAUGUAAUCGGUGCUGAUAUCGUUGAGGUCGCUCCUAUAUACGAUAACCCAGGCGAGCCAACAGUGUUGGCGGCUGCAGAAAUCGUGCUUUCCCUCAUUACAUUGAUGGUGAAAGCACCAGCUUGA